GGAGGAGAAACAGGUGGUCUGCCACUACUAUUCCGUACACACCUGCUAUUUGCAUUUCCUCGACUCGUCGACGAUCCCCUUCCUUGACGCGCUCUUGACGAAAGCUGCACCCGCGUUACCGCUAUAGAGCCGCACUUUCCUGUGGUUCCACAUCCUUUGUCUCUACCACUGUUUCCUACGCCUUUCUCUUUCUUCUCGCCGCAAGACUGACAAGGGAACUGCUCUCACACGCCAAGAACAGCCAGACAGCCGAUUUGCGGCUCUGCUCGAGAACCGGCAAGACAACAUGGUACAGUCAGAAGUCGCGAAGCAAUUCCUGGAUUUCGACAUCGACAAAUACAUCAACCCAUACAUCCCGCACAACCGACUAUACAUUCUCCCAAACUUCGCAUCGCGAUGGCUCGGAUACCGACAUGAACCGCAAAAGGAGCCCUGGCAAGCCCUGCAAUGGCCGAUCACAUUUCUGGCGACUGUCGCUGGGUUAUGUCUCGUCGGCGGAAUAGGAAACCACGCGCCUGGGAUUCUGGCAUGGCAUCCGCCUGUGAUUAUCGCAUCGCUGGGUGCAAGCGCUGUGCUGGACUUCAAUACGAUCAAGUCGCCGCUCGCGCAACCCCGAAAUUCGAUUAUUGGAAACACAUUAGCUGCCAUCAGUGGUGUGGCGAUCGCGAAGCUGUUCCAGCAUAACUCGAAUUUCAACAACAUCCAAUGGGUUUCCGGAGCUGUGGGAUGUGCGCUUGCGUCGUGGGUCAUGAGUCUUACGAACACGAUCCAUCCUCCCGGAGGUGCGACGGCCGUGCUGGCGUCCACGCAAGUUGAAGUUAUUCGAAUGGGCUGGAGAUAUGUGCCGAUUGUCUUGCUUGACAGUGUCCUAAUGGUUGUUGUUGCGUUGCUCUUCAACAACAUCUUGCGGCAGUAUCCGAUGUACUGGUGGAGUCCUGGAAGCGUCGGAAGCACACUGCGUAAGGAGAAGCGGGAGGAGAAGCACGGCAAGGAAGGAGAAGAGAAGGACGAAGAGAAAGGCGAGCGACAGAAGCCUUCUUCGGACUCUGGCAGCGACGACAACACUCUUCGAAAGGAGCUCAGCGAUCGCGUCGACUUUGUGGACGGCCUGGAAGAGAUUCAAAUCUCACCAUACCGAAUCACAUUGCCUCGACAUGUGAAGCUGGAUGACCACGAGAUCAUGCUUCUGCAGAACCUACAGGAGCGUAUCCGCAUGCAUGGCGAGAUUAACGCACCUUGAGUCUGUUGCUAAGAGAUACCCAUUUGCUUAUUAUAGCAUCAGCGACACUUCCCAGUAAUUUGUAUCGAUAGUAGUCAUGAGCAGCAUGCAGCGUUCGACCAGCCUAACGCAAUUUACGAAUUCAUGAACUUCGUUC